UGGCCACUGCUGCACUCUUCUCACAUUGACCCAAAUGUAGCUAGUGUUCUAGGUGCUUCUCAAAAAGGGGUAUACCCUCCUCCCCUAUCAGCUUCCACCUUACCUCGCCAAUGCUUCCAGUGCUCUGAUCAGGAAGAAACCAACUAUUAAUCUAUCGCAGCUAGCCCCGCGGGCUGUUCUAUCAAUCGGCCAUCCCAGAAUGGCUUCUGGAAACGACUGGUUGGGGUUCUCGCUCUCCGGCCAAGAAAACCCACAGCCGCAUCAGGAUAGCCCGCCGCCCGCCGGCAUCGACAUCUCCGGCGCCAGUGACUUCUAUGGCGUACCCACGCAGCCAGCUCCCGACGCUCAACUCGGCGUGCCAGGUCAUCAGCCUUCAUACGGGAUCACGGAGGACUUCAAUAGGGGAGCUCAUGAAACCCACGAUUGGAACAUGAGGGGUGAUCUGGACUAUAACGGCGGUGCGUCCGAGCUCUCGAUGCUCGUCGGGUCGAGCGCAGUCGGCGGCAAGAGGGCGGCCAUGGAGGCCGAGACCGAGCCCAAGCUUGAGGACUUCCUCGGUUGCAACUCGUUCGUCUCCGAGCAAGAUCAGGCCGGCGGCUUCUUGUUCUCCGGAGUCCCGAUGACCACCAGCAGCAACAGCAACACCGGGAGCAACACCAUGGAGCUCUCUAUGAUCAAGAGCUGGCUCCGUGACAACCAGCUACCCCAAGCGCCGCACCCGCAGUCGCAGACCGGGGCGCCCGCGCAGCAGCCGCAACCCCACGAGGAGAUGGGCACCGACGCGAGCAGCUUCGAUCCGCGGGGGAGAAACGGCGCGUUGGUGGUGGCGGGGAGCUCGCAGAGCCUGGCGCUCUCGAUGAGCACGGGUUCAGGAUCGCACUUGCCAAUGGCUGUGGUCAGCGGCAGUGCCAGUGGGGGAGUCUCAGAGAGCACCUCCUCGGAGAACAAGCGAGCCAGCGGCGCCAUGGAUUCGCCGGGCGGUGCGGUAGAAGCUGUCGCGAGGAAGUCCAUCGACACAUUCGGGCAAAGGACGUCGAUAUAUCGAGGUGUAACAAGACAUAGAUGGACAGGCCGUUAUGAGGCUCAUCUCUGGGACAAUAGCUGCAGAAGAGAAGGGCAGAGUCGCAAGGGCCGACAAGUUUAUCUUGGUGGCUAUGACAAGGAGGACAAGGCAGCAAGGGCUUAUGAUUUGGCAGCACUCAAGUAUUGGGGUACAACAACAACUACAAAUUUCCCAAUUAAUACCUACGAAAAAGAGGUGGAUGAAAUGAAACAUAUGACUAGGCAGGAAUAUAUCGCAUACUUAAGAAGGAAUAGCAGCGGAUUUUCUCGUGGUGCGUCAAAAUAUCGUGGUGUAACUAGGCACCAUCAGCAUGGGAGAUGGCAAGCAAGAAUUGGGCGGGUUGCAGGAAACAAAGAUCUCUACUUAGGCACCUUCAGCACCGAGGAGGAGGCGGCGGAGGCCUACGACAUCGCGGCGAUCAAGUUCCGCGGGCUCAACGCCGUCACCAACUUCGACAUGAGUCGCUACGACGUCAAGACCAUCCUCGAGAGCAGCACCCUGCCGGUGGGUGGCGCGGCUAGGCGCCUCAAGGAGGCCGCUGAUCAUCCGGAGGCCGGCGCCACGAUCUGGCGAGCCGGCAUGGACGGCGCCAUCAUCUCCCAGCUGACCGACGUCGGGAUGGGCGCGUACGCGUCGUACCACCACGGCUGGCCGACCAUCGCAUUCCAGCAGCCGUCGCCGCUCUCGGUGCACUACCCAUACGUCGCCCAGCCGCCCCGCGGGUGGUGCAAGCCCGAGCAGGACGCCACCGUCGCCACGCAAAGCCUGCAGGACCUCCAGCAGCUGCACCUCGGGACCGCCGCUCACAACUAUUUCCAGGCAUCGUCGAGCUCAACGGUCUACAACGGCGGCGGCGUCGGCGGGUACCAGCAGGGCACCGGUGGCAACGCCUUCUUGAUGCCGGCUAGCACCGUUGUGGAUGAACAGGGGCACAGCAGCACUGCCGCCAACCAGGGAAGCACCUGCAGCUACGGGGACGAAGAGGGGAAGCUCAAUCUUGGGUACGAUGCCAUGGCGAUGGCGAGCACCGGCGCCGACCCAUACGCGGCGGCGUCAACUGUGAGCAUCGCGAGGGCGAACGGGUACUCCAACAACUGGAGCUCGCCGUUCAGUGGCAUGUGAUAAUGGUGAAGAGGGCAGAAGCUAGUAAUAGCGGGAUUAAUUAGCUAGCUAGAGAAUCGAAGUUAGGUCAGGGGUCUUGCUCGUUGUUGCGUUUCGGCUCAGGGUUCCGGCUUAGCUCUUCUUGGCCGGGUGGAUGACACUCGUAAAGGUGCUACGCAUGCAUGCCUUCUGGAAGCUGGUAAUGGCAAGUCAGGAUAGGUAAAGCUUGUGUCGUUGUAAGUUAAUUAUCCUGACUUGCUGUUAGUUUUGGGUAGUUUCAGAAGGAUCAAGUUAAUCCCUAGAGGACAAAAGCUGAUCGUGCGAUGGCAAUAACUUCGUAAUUCCAAUGAUUCGACUUA